UUACGGGUUUUCAGUUUCAACCUAGAUUCUCUUUUAUACCAUGGAAAAAGACGAUUUUUCCAUCAGCUAGGAGGAUUUGGAAUUUGACAUUUAAAACGACGACGUUCUAAAUGUGGGGCUAUCAAACUUUACAGGCGGCCUACAAUAAUUGUGUUAUUGGACCCAUAAUGCAUCAGAGACGCUAUGUGGACAGUAAAGAAAUUGUUACCGUUCGAUCAAUCUCCGGCGACUUGGAUAUUCCCAGUAAAAUACGUUGUAAGUGUUUUUUUUAUCGUCAGCUGCACUCGAUUGGUCCACUUCACCUUAACAAACAAAGACUUCCUUGGGUGACUUGCGAACCAACCUCGUUGAAACUUGAAACACCUCAAAUUCUUGCAUUUUACUCUCCGAUCUACCGCUCAUCAUUUCACCUUCACGUCUUCUUGAUCUCUCUUUUCUUUAUCUCCGAGGCCUUGAUUUCACAAAAGCUGUGGAGAAGGGAGAAGAAAGAAAUGAUGGGUUCUGAUCCAUUGAGUCAAACAAAGCCAAUACCAAUCCCAACCCAAGAAGAAGAAUCAUCAAGCCAAUCCGCAGCUCUCCUUUCUUUCAACACUGAUUCUUCUUUUGACCCUUCAGCAAAAGAAUCCUCUUCAAAGCCCAGCACCACCAUUAUCUUCAUUGCUUUAAUACUCCUCACUUGCAUUGCCCUUUCUGCUGCCUUUGCCUUUGCUUUCCUCUUUUACUCUUCUUCGUCUUCUUCUUCUUCUUCAUCACCUGCCUCUUCAGCUACAGAACACAGCUUGUCUCGUCCUUUGAAGAAACUGGAAAAACCGGUGGUUCUUUUGGUUUCCUCUGAUGGGUUUCGAUUUGGGUACCAAUUCAAGACCCCGACACCAAACAUCCACCGUUUGAUUGAUAAUGGUACUGAAGCUGAGAUGGGUUUGAUUUCGGUUUUCCCGACUCUUACUUUUCCUAAUCAUUACUCCAUAGUUACUGGCCUUUAUCCUGCUUAUCAUGGUAUUAUAAAUAACCAUUUUUUGGAUCCUAAAACUGGUGAGUUUUUCACUAUGGCAAGUCAUGAACCCAAGUGGUGGUUAGGUGAGCCACUUUGGGAGACUGUGGUCAAUCAUGGGUUAAAGGCUGCUACAUAUUUUUGGCCUGGAAGUGAGGUAAAAAAGGGUUCUUGGAAUUGUCCUGAAAAGUUUUGCAUGAACUAUAAUGGUUCUGUUCCUUUUGAGGAUAGAGUUGAUACUGUUUUAAGUUAUUUUGAUUUGCCUAGUAGUGAGAUUCCUGUGUUUAUGACAUUGUAUUUUGAGGAUCCUGAUCAUCAGGGUCACCAGGUUGGACCUGAUGAUCCCGAGAUUACUGAGGCCGUUGCUAGAAUUGAUAGAAUGAUUGGGAGGUUGAUUGAUGGUUUAGAAAAAAGAGGGAUUUUUGAGGAUGUUACCAUAAUUAUGGUUGGGGAUCAUGGAAUGGUUGGUACAUGUGAUAAAAAGCUGAUUUUUCUUGAGGAUUUGGCCUCUUGGAUUGAAAUUCCGGCGGAAUGGGUUCAGUCUUAUAGUCCGUUGCUUGCUAUUCGUCCACCUCCUGGUUAUGCACCAUCAGAUGUUGUUGCAAAGAUGAAAGAAGGAUUGGAAUCUGGGAAAGUUGAGAAUGGGAAGUAUUUGAAGGUUUAUCUUAAGGAGGAGCUGCCUAGUCGGCUACAUUAUGUAGCAAGUGACCGGAUUCCUCCCAUUAUAGGACUGAUUGAGGAGAGUUUCAAGGUGGAGCAGAAAAGAACUAAGCGAAAAGAGUGUGGAGGAUCGCAUGGGUAUGACAAUGCAGUUUUCUCCAUGAGGACUAUUUUUAUUGGUCAUGGACCUCAAUUUGCAAGGGGGAAGAAGGUGCCAUCUUUUGAGAAUGUUCAGAUAUAUAACUUGGUAACUUCAAUUCUCAAGAUACAGGGGCCCCCGAAUAAUGGGUCUUCAGCAUUUCCUGUGUCUAUUCUUUUACCUAGCCAGUAAUAAUUAUCUCAUAAGCAUCUCCUAAGAAGUGGGCAGGAUAACAACUGCAAAGCUAAAUGACUAUUCAUCCGUGCAGAUAAUUGUGCAAUGUGCAUUCAUGUAUGAUGAGGAUGUGCAGAAGAAGGAUAUUAUUGAACUUAGGAUCCUUUGAUAUUGUUGAGUUAUAGAUGUUUGUACUUUGUAUCCCUCUAGUUCCUUGGCUCCAAGUUUCAUGUAUAUUAGCUGCACUAUGUCAUCUAAAAUUCAUAUUGCUAUUCUGUGCAAUGCUACUAUGAUAUUUUAAAGGUAGAAUCAAACUACAUUGGAAAAGUGCAAAGUAUUCUGGCAUUGUUCUCUCUGCUUCUGUCCCCUCCUUGGACAAGGCUUAGGUUGUUCAUCUUUUUUAGUGUCUUUUUCUGGCCCAUACCUUGGAUUUUGGCAAUUGGGAUUCACAAUUAAAUUGAAAACAAAUAAUUUAGAAGCUAGUUGCUUCAAUAUAUGCUCAGUCUUGCCUGGACAGAAUAUUGCCAAGCUUCUUGAGCUUUGAUUUUGUUCUUACUUGCAUCAUUCGUUUUUGUUUUGUGUGAUCAAUUGUAUCAUAAGAUUCUUAUAGCAAAACAGAUUCUAAUCUUCUCUCUGUUACUCUGAGCAGUUUGUUCUCGGGGUAUAGGCAAGGUUUUAAUGAGCUGCUUCAUUCUUAUUGGAAACAAAAAAAGGAAUAUUGAAUUAUAGGAUCUUCUUGGAAUUUAUGCAUUAUAGGAGUGAAGAUUCUUUGACAUGGAAGUGAUUUCCUAAGAUUUUUCAAUGACAAAGCUUGGAAUCUUUUAAUCUUUUAGGAUGCACUAGGUUUCGCCCUAUUUUUAACUUAUUCAGCAUGAUUUACCUCUGUCAUUCCUGUGAGGAACGAAGAAGAGUUAUGGUACUGAUGUUUGUCCAUUUAGCUCUUAAGCAUAAUUUACCUGGGCCAUAUUCAGUGUUUUAUUGAUUUAUUGUUAAAUUCAGAGAUUCUUGAGAAUGGGUUUCUUAAUUUUUUUCAGUGUCUCCAUAUAUGUUUGUUACCUACGGAGUGCAGUGCAUAAGUGGAAUGAUUUGCAUGGUUACACACUGACUUCAGGAUUAGGUCUUUUUGUGGUGAGCUGGAAGCAAGAGCGGGGCAUAAGUGUGGAUUGGCAUUUGAAUGGCCAAAGGGAUAGAUAUAGCACUUUGUUAUUGAUAUAUUCUCUCAUUAAAACUGAUGGAAGAUGUUAGAGCGAUGUUUGGUUUAAGAAUUAAGCAUAAACUGAUUAAAGAGCUAGAGAAGUUUAAGUACUCUUAGGCAGUCUUUGGAGACCUCUCCUCCUCGUUCAAAUUAUGCUUUUAGCAUAUGCUCAUGGCAUUUCUUUUGCCAGCUUUUUUUUUUUUUUUGGGUGUUUUUCUGUUUUUAAUGAUAUUCUGCUUUCCCCAAUAAAAAAUAGAUAAUUUCUCAUGGGUUUUUGUUAAAAAGUAUGACAUGAAUCUGAGUCACGCCUGGACAUAAAGAAGUCGGUUUGUUGAUCAUUUAUUUCGUUGUGAGAGCAUUUGUGGUUCUUCUGCCAUUGCUUACUUGGAUGUCAAAUAUCUCCACAUCUUACAGGUUCUUUAAACGUUGAAAUUCAAGUUGAUGCAAAAAACCAACUGUAAGACAAUUUAAGCAUAAGUUUCCUACGAUUUCAUUGUAAAACAAUCUGACUGCGUUACACAUCAAUAACACUUGAUUUAAUUGAGUUGAGGAGUGGCUUAAGGGAUCAAAGUUCUUAACAGAAGUUCAUGCCAUGAUUAAAAAGUAGUUCAUUUCAUUUCUGUUAUCGAAAAUGGAAAACAAAAAGGUCAUUUGAAAGCUUUUUCUCUUUAGAGAGAGUAAAAAAGCUGAUUUCUUAUAUAGAUAUAUAUAUAUAUAUAUAUGUAUAUGUAUAUAUCCUCUCUUCUAGACAGCAUGCCAAAUGAGUUUCUGUUAUGUAAAAUUUGAGACUAAAGGAAUGUUUUAGAUUAAACCCAAGUAGGAUUCCAUCUGAAACAGAUAUUGGGAUAUUUAAAGCACCUUGAAAGCCAACCAGAAGAUGAAGAAUGAAAUAAGGCUGCACUUUUGCAGAUACAAAAUCAUUGGUGAAGAAGACAUAUAUAACUGCUGCUUUUCAUGUAUGUAUUAACUAAUCGAUGUAUAAUUCCACAAAAGAUUUCACCACCCUGUAAUAAGCUCAAAUAUUGCUUUAUUCCCAGGGCAAUAAAUGACAAGGAAGAGGCAGGUGCCUACUUUUCUAGCAAAAGCUGUUGACAGCUUUGCACAAAGUGCCGAGUCCCGCCACCCGCCACCCACCACCACCUUGGAGAGCAAAAACCCAGGCCAUAUAUUUUUAUUUUGUCACGUUUUUUAAAAAUCUGAGAUUCUGAAAUGAAGUCUGGCCUCACAAAAUUUGUAUCUUCCCAGAAUCAUCCUCAGAAAGGUACUGUUCCACGUGUUCCUUGCAAAUUACACACUAAUUUCGUCAAAGCUUGAGAGCUAGAUAUUUUCGGAUGUCCAUUUCAGGUUUGGAAGAUAGUAAAUUGGAAACUUUGUUGGUUCAGUACUUUUCCUCCUUUUUUUUUUUUUUUUUCCAAUGCAACUUUGGAGGUUCGUGGAAGAGAAAGAAACAAGUUUCCUUCAUCAAAUUUGAUAGGCUGGACGAUCAUCCAUCUUCACUUGGCAGUUUCUGUUCAGUCUCAGGUUAUGUCAGAGGGGAAAUUCCAUUCUACUAUUGCCCUUUUACACUUUAGAAUCUUCUUCUCCCCCUUUGAAAAACAAAACCAUCUAAACAAAUGACAUCGUGUAGUAGGAUGAAGGAAAGUUCAUAUUUCUAGAAAUUUAUUUAUUUGUUGGAUUUUUUUUAUUAAAUAUGCUAUCAAUAAAAACCAAAUUAAUCAAAUUUCUUAAAAAAGAAUCGAAGCUGACUGAUUUAUUUUUAAUAUUCCAAAAUAAAUGAAUCGACCUAAAUUGAUUAGUUUGAUCCUUUCCAUCAAUAAAUCAAAUUUUU